AUGCUGUUCAUUGACUUCAGUUCAGCAUUCAACACUGUGAUCCCCUCCAAGCCUAUCUCCAAGCUCAGCCACCUUGGCAUCAGCAACUCACUCUGCAACUGGAUUAUCGACUUCCUUACUAACAGACCCCAGGCUGUUAAAUUAAGAAGUCUCUCCUCCUCCACUAUCACCCUGAACAAUGGCGUGCCGCAGGGCUGUGUGUUGAGCCCUCUGCUCUACUCCCUCUUCACCCACGACUGCGCCCCUGUUUAUAGCUCCAAUGCCAUAAUUAUGUUCGCAGAUGACACCACAGUGGGGGGCCUGAUCAAAGAGGAGGAUGAAACAGCAUAUAGGGAUGAGGUUCAGCACCUAGCUAUGUGGUGUAAAAACAAUAACCUGGCACUCAAUACCCAGAAGACCAAGGAGAUCAUUGUUGACUUCAGGAGAACCAAGAUCAAUGCACACACCCCCCUCCACAUUAGCGGUGCUGAAGUGGAACGUGUGUCUAGCUUUAAGUUCCUUGGGGUCCACAUGACAGAAAAUCUUUCUUGGUCUCUCAACUCCUCCAGUCUGGUGACUUUCUACGGAGCCUUAAGAAAGCACAACUAUGCCCUAGAAUUCUAUCAGACAUCUACAGCUUCCUUGGAUGUCAGGAUGGACGGACAAAGAAGAAAAAGAGAAAAUCAGAGAAGUGCUGCAGCCAGAGGAAAGUGGGCCAGUAAAACAGAAUAUAUUCUGGUUGUUGCAGGAAAUGUGGUCGGCCUGGGCAACGUGUGGAGAUUUCCUUACCUCUGCUACAAGAACGGUGGAGGGGCCUUUCUGGUGCCAUAUGGUCUGUUAGCUGUGGUGUGUGGGAUACCUCUGUUCCUGUUGGAGACUUCAGUUGGUCAGUUCACCCAGGAAGGAUUCAUCACUUCUUGGAGGAAGUUGUGUCCACUGGCUCAAGGAAUUGGAUUUGGACAACUGACGAUUUCACUCUGUUGCUUCAUCUACGUUUUAAUUGAAGCUUGGGCUCUCUUCUACCUGGUGUUCUCAUUUAGAUCCCAGCUGCCCUGGGCCAGCUGUGACAACACCUGGAACACGGCUAACUGUCUUGGUCUACAGACUUUUACUUCAUCUAAUGUGACUGCAAAUCAGACCAACACCACCUCUGCUGCAACUGAGUUCUGGGAACGCCGUGUGCUGGGCGUGUCUGGAGGCAUUGAGGAGCUGGGCAGUGUGAGAUGGGAGCUGGCUUUGUGUCUUAUGGCCUGCUGGGUGAUCUGCUACUUCAGCAUCUGGAAAGGUGUCAGAUCUUCUGGAAAGGUAGUGUAUUUUACAGCCACGUUCCCCUAUGUGAUGCUCCUGAUACUGUUGAUCAGGGGCUUGACUCUACCUGGAGCUUGGGAAGGGAUCUACUACUACCUGUAUCCAGACCUGAACCGCCUGGCUAACCUGGAGGUCUGGAUAGAAGCAGGAUCUCAAAUAUUUUUCUCCUACAGCCUGACUGCAGGGGGUCUGCAUGUCCUGGGCAGCUAUAAUGAGUACAACAACAACUGUUACAUGGACUGCUUUUGGCUCUGUCUGCUGAACAGUGGGACCAGUUUUGUGGCUGGAUUUGUCGUCUUCUCUGUACUUGGAUUCAUGGCUCAGAAACAGGGUGUUACUGUCGACACUGUGGUCGAGUCAGGUCCAAGUUUGGCCUUCAUUGCUUACCCUCAGGCAACAGCUCUGAUGCCUUUUCCACAGUUCUGGACUGUCUGCUUCUUCCUGAUGCUCAUUCUGCUGACUGUUGACACACAUUUUGUGAUAGUGGAGAGUUUUAUCACCACGGUGACCGAUUUGUUUCCAAAGUGGUUUCGUGCACCAUUGAGGCACGAGAUCUUUGUCCUUGCCAUCUGUGUCUCCAGCUUCCUCAUACAUCUUACCUUGGUUACGGAGGGAGGAAUUUACAUAUUCCAACUCAUUGACUUCUACGGCUCUACCAGAGUGAGUCAGAAUUUUGUGGCUAUUUGUGAAUGCCUGGCUGUGGGCUGGAUAUUUGGUGCUGACCGCUUUUCCAACAUCAUAGAGGAUAUGACAGGACAGAGACCAUCAGUUUUCUUUAAACUCUGCUGGAAAUACUUCAUUCCUCUGCUGUCACUGAUCACCUUAAUCCUGUACCUGAUUGAUUACAAAGCCCUCAAGUUUAACGACUGGUAUGUUUACCCUGACUGGGCGUACGCUCUAGGAUGGACCAUGACCCUCUCCUCUGUUCUCAUGGUGCCACUGUGGGCAGCUGGACAGAUGUGUUUGACAGCAGGAACCUUCAGACAGCGUUUGUCUGUCCUCUGUCGUCCUGCUGAAGAUCCAGCCUGGCAGAGGAGAGCCAUGGGAGAGGAGGGAACAACUGUUGAACUGAGGACGUCUGCAGUGACCACUUAGUGUGAGCUGCAAAGUCACAUUAACAAGACGGUUUCAUCUGUCAUUAGGUCAUUUAUUAAAUAAGUUGCACGCUGGUUUGGGUCAUUUUAUUGAAUAGAAUAGUAUAAUUCUAACUUCUUAGCAGUAGCAUCCCUAAACUGUCAGUUAUCAUUAAGUCAAGUAUUACUGUGUACUAUUCUUGUAUCCCUUUCCUCCUCAUAUUUAAUGUUGCUUCAGUCAUCAUCACUUAUUUGCUCUCUCACCAUUUGAUUUAAAUCAGUCUUAAA